AUGGAUAAAACCAACGUGCUGUCUCUCAUUGAGCAGCUUGACGACGAGAUUGAUAAUCUGGAAGAAUCGCUGGCUCCGCUCGUCAAGACCGCAUUGUCUGAAACAGCCUCGAAACUGCCAUUACUCGACAAAGCCAAGCUCUAUGUUCUUGUUACCUAUGCCAUAGAAUCUAUCUUGUUUUCGUAUCUGCGACUCAAUGGCGUCCAAGCGCGCGCGCAUCCUGUUUUCACGGAGCUCACCCGGGUGAAGCAGUAUUUUGAAAAGAUCAAGCUCGUGGAGAACCCAGUGGGCAAGAGAGAAAACCUCAGCGUGGACAAGGGGGCCGCUUCAAGAAUCAUCAAAGCCGGGUUGUCUGGUAAUGAUAAAUAUGAUUUAGAAAAAGCAGAGAGACAAGCGAAGGAGCGGGCGAGAGCACACAUCAAGUUCGAGCAACUCUCAGAGAGAAUGAAGCAGGAGGAAAUUUCAAAGAAACGAAAGGCCGACAAUAAUACGGUUUCCUCCACAUCAGACUCCGAAUCGGAC